UCAGGAGGUGAAGAAAAUUAGUAGCCUUGGGUCAGCACUACAGGACAAAUUACGGGAUUUGACCCGUUCAGUAGAUCAGAGUGAGCGACAGCUACAUGUACUAGAACAAGAGGUCAAGCAGCAGCGACAAUUGAUGGAAGUAAGGCUGCAGAAGGAGAAAGACACGAAGGCACACUCACAAACAACCCCGCCACCAGCUUACGAUCAUAUUUCUAGUCACAAGGUCAACUCCAAGGUCACCCCUGAGGAGGCCGUCUCCAUAGCAAAACAGAAACGGGAGCAGAGGCGAAGGGACACAAACAAAUCUGCACAUCCAAAUGCAUCCUCAGGACGACCUUCAUCUGCCAAGCUGAAAGCAGAUCAGUUGCAUCCCUUGACUCGACGUCUCAGCUCGGAGCUGGAUGAGCCGACACCCACUCACAGUCGUCACCUUAGUGAUGAGAUAGCGUUUAUAGACGCAGAUGUACCUGAAGUCACAGAACAAGAGGAAAUGGACACAAAGUCUGAUGAUGAAUUGAAGCAAAGAGAAAAUAUGCAGGAUCAGAAAAUUACCCGGGAACAUUUUAAGGAGACAGAGGUCGUCUUAUUGCCUCAUCAAGGUCAAACUGUACGAUUGACCCUACCUGAUAUGAAUGUCCCAUCAGUCACAUUAAACCAUGAUACUAAAUCUGACUCCAGUAAUAGGGAUCAUUUCUCAUUUGUUAGUGGACUUUUAGCCGAAGAAAAAACAAAACCUAUUAAAUCUAAAGGACUGGAUAACUCCUAUAAUCAUACUAAUUCCAUGUCUGUGCCAAUUGGAGGUCAAAUGACCGCCCCGCAGAAAUCCACUUCCCAAGCAGCUGCUGUUAGUGCUGCAACAGUUGUGUCAGCUUCUAUCAGCAACAAAGAUGAAGAAUCAACUCGUCAAUCAUCACGGCUACAGAAGCACCAGCUCACAACAACAAGUGCUGUGUUGAAUAUCAACAACAAAGGUCAAAGGUCAAGAACAAGGCAAGGUCAAGAACAACCUACUAGAUCCAGGUCAAAAGAAGGAACAAAAAGGAAAGAGUCAAGUGCUAUAAGUGUUAGUCACCCUUCAUCAAAGGACACCAAGACAGUUACAAACAGUGUGAAUAACCAUGAUCAAGACUCCCAGAAUUCUUCCCCUGCUGUAUGUAGAUUUGAAGCAAACAUUGAACAGACUCAGAAUUUUGAGGAAAAUGAAACAGAAGAUAUCCACAAAAUAAAUGAUCAUGGACAAUUGGACAGCUUCAAGAUAUCUUCGUCUCCUGUGUUUUAAAAAUGUCUGUUGCCAGAUGAAAUGUUCAAUUGGUAGUUGUUAAGGUGUUGAUAGAUUUAAAUUAUACCAUGGCUUGAAGUCCUCAACGUUUAUCUUGAUUCCUGGAACACCGUUUGUUGUGAACUUUACAAUGCUCACAGUACAACUGAGCAUUAGCUUGCAUUAGGAAUUACAUCCACAUCUACAAAUGCAUGUCGCUCUUGUUUUAAGUUUUGAUAUUUUUCCAGUUGCAAGUUUUGUUACUUUUUGUUAUGCAAUAUUUUUGUUAUAACCAUAGAUACUUUUUGUGAAGAAUUUAACGCAAAACUGAAUUUGAAGUAGUUCAGGUUUAAUAUGCAUUCAAUCAUAAAUGCAGCAAAUGACUAUUUGCUUUGUCACAAAUUUUUUAUAAAUGAAGUACGUACUUGAUUGAUAAAUUGUGAUAGUUAUAUUAAACCUCUAUUGUGUGUAAGGUGCUAAUACUGCUGUAACUCAAGAAAGAUAAACAACAAGUGUUUGUCUAAACCUAUCUGGUGUAGCAUUGUGUGUGUUUGUCUAAACCUAUCUGGUGUAGCAUUGUGUGUGUUUGUCUAAACCUAUCUGGUGUAGCGUCGUGUGUGUUUGUCUAAACCUAUCUGGUGUAGCAUUGCGUGUGUUUGUCUAAACCUAUCUGGUGUAGCGUUGUGUGUUUGCUACCCAGUGUAUUCUGUAUAAUAGCGGAUUAUGGAAUGUACAUAUAGAUCCUAACUGUUUCUGUACCUUCGUCAGGGGCCUGUGAGAUCUUUUAUAAAUCUACUUUCUUCAGGGGCCUUUGGAAUCUGUUUAUUUCUGUACCUUCAUCAGGGGCCUGUGGGAUAUGUUUAUUUCUGUACCUUCAUCAGGGCCUAUGAUAUCUUUUAUAUCUCUACCUUCAUCAGGGGCCUGUGGGAUAUGUAUAUUUCUGUACCUUCAUCAGGGGCCUGUGGGAUAUGUUUCUUUCUGUACCUUUGUCAGGGGCCUGUGGGAUCUGUUUAUUUCUGUACUUUCGUCAGGGGCCUGUAGGAUCUGUUUAUUUCUCUACCUUCGUCAGGGGCCUGUGGGAUAUGUUUAUUUCUGUACCUUCAUCAGGGGCCUGUGGGACAUGUUUAUUUCUCUACCUUUGUCAGGGGCCUGUGGGAUAUGUUUAUUUCUGUACCUUCAUCAGGGGCCUGUGGGAUAUGUUUAUUUCUGUACCUUCAUCAGGAGCCUGUGGGAUAUGUUUUUUUCUGUACCUUCGUCAGGGGCCUGUGGGAUAUGUUUAUUUCUGUACCUUCAUCAGGGGCCUGUGGGAUGUUUAUUUCUGUACCUUUGUCAGGGGCCUGUGGGAUAUGUUUAUUUUUGUACCUUCGUCAGGGGCCGGUCGGAUCUGUUUAUUUCUGUACCUUUGUUAGGGGCCUGUGGGAUCUGUUUAUUUCUCUACCUUCGUCAUGGACCUGUGGGGUGUCACAACUUCUAUGUCUUGCACCUAAUCGCUUGACAAAAUUAAUUCUUAGAGGUAAAGAUGCUUGUGUGUGCCCCCAUACUCGAUAUCCAGGGGUUAUGUCUCCUUCGCUUUCUACACCCCUGGAAUAUGUCACAGCAAAAUUGAAAGCACGAAGA